CCAGGGCUUAUUUGUGUUAACCAGCUGCCAAACCUGUUCCACACUAGUUUCACUUGGCUGUUGAUUUCAGGCUGACAGAUGGGUGUAUUGCCUGACAACGUUUUUGAAAAGUUUGUUCUGUGACAUAAACAACGUUAUAUGUCAGGUUCUGACUUGUUCUGAUGGCAUAAGGAGGAGGGGAUAGAAAUCAGUGAUCCAUAGACAUCUUUCUCCUGUAGAUUAUAUAGUUCAUCCAGGUCCGUUACUGAUCCCAUGUUCCCUCAUCAUUAAAGAAACCAAAAAACAUGUCUUUCCAGUUUGCUGUCUGUCCUCAGUGGGUGUAGGCCUACUCCUUGUGGGCAAACCUGACUCCUUUCAAAAUAAACUGCUCGGGGAGACUUUGUAACAUUGUUGACAAAAUCUCCAGGGAAUACAGCAGACUUUUCAGAGAACAGCUUGAUGGCGCGGCGCUACUAUUGCCUGCGUAAAGUGAUCGUCUGUGUGUGCACCCCAUGCAUCUUGCUGGUCCUGCUAUUCUUCUACAUAACUAUCAUGGUCUGUUUGUCCAUGAAUAACACAGCAACCCCAGGGAUGGUGGGUAAAAGCAGGGCUCACUUUGUGGCCUCAGGAACUUAUAGAAACAAGAGCUUUUCCCCAUUCCCUAAAACUUUCUGGGAGCUCCACUGGCAAGGCGAUGCCUACUGGAACCGGCUCCAGCUGGCGAUAGACCGCAAUUUCAACCCCAUCCUGCGCCCCAACAACAAUGUGAAGAGGCGAUUUCAAAACAGUAAGUUUCACGAGUCCCUGCUGUGGAAAAGUUUCUCUGAAGUUAGCGAUUUGGACAGCAAAAGUGGAGAGUUUCAAAAGCUGCCGCAGCAGAUGCAGGACUUUGUGAGCCACAUGCAAAGGAGGGACUAUCCAACCCUCAACCAGCCAGACGGAGUGUGUGGAGCCGGGGCAAAGGGCGAGAAGGAGCCACCUCUGCUUCUACUGGCCAUCAAGUCAACUGAGUUCAAUUUUAAAAACCGGCAGGCCAUUAGACAAACCUGGGGCCAGGUUGGAUGGAUAGCAGGAGGGAAGAGGAACAGUAGUGAGGGAGAAGAAAGUGGAGGGUACGUUCGUAGGGUGUUUCUGAUAGGCAAAGAAGACCCUGAAGAGCUAGGUGUGGAUACAACAGAGUUACUAAAGCUGGAGAGUGAACAUUAUGGAGACAUUCUGCAGUGGGACUUCAAGGACACGUUUUUUAACCUCACCCUGAAGGAUGUGCUCUUCUGGAGCUGGUUCACACAAUUCUGUAACCAGACCCGAUUUGUCUUUAAGGGGGACGACGAUGUCUUUGUCAACUCUCUGAAUAUGAUAGCCUUCCUCCAGGACCAGCUCGAUAUGCCACAAGCACACAAGACCUUACAAGACUUCAUGGUUGGAGAUGUCAUAGGGGCAGCCUUACCCAGCAGAGUCAACAAGUCCAAGUACUUUAUUCCUGACAGCUUCUACAGGGGCCUGUAUCCUAUGUAUGCAGGCGGUGGAGGAGUGCUUUACUCAGGACUGCUGGUCAAACGCCUGCACAGCAUCUCUAAAACGGUUCACAUGUUCCCCAUUGACGAUGUUUAUGUUGGGAUGUGUAUGUAUCGGCUUAACACUCACCCUGUUCACCACCCAGCCUUCCUCACGUUUGACUUCCCUGCAAAGGAAGAGGAGGCGGUGUGUUCUUACCACAGAAUCCUACUGGUUCACAAACGAAGCCCCGACCAGGUGGUCAGACUUUGGGCUGAUGUGAAACAGACACAGAGACAGUGUUGGGACGUGCCCCUCAGAGAUGGAAACAAGAAAAAAAGAAAAGAAAAGAAAAAACACUGAGUGCAACUUCACAGUGAUCUCUUUUUGCAAGCCAUGUGUUCUGAAGGAAUGAAGCCAUAACUGGCCCAAAGCAAACACUUUUUGCGGGCAGCUGUAGUAUUAUGAAAUGGCAUCCAUAUUCAGACGACGUGUGCGCCCUGGAGGCCGGGCGUUAAAAAUGCUUUACCAAUAUUUAUUCAUGAUUUUGAAACUUUUUUGUUGCACAUUUCAGUCACUUUUUUUACAGAUUAGACAUUCUUCCAUUAAGCAUCUUUUUUAUACUG